CGGGUUGCUGCGAUGGUGAGCUUUGCAAGCUCUCGCCUUUCCCGCUCUUGCCCGCUUUCCCCAGUGUUAGGGUUUCUGUCAUUCGAGAUUUUUGAUUUCUCUUUUUUCUCUACUUCAGAUCCAAAAUCACUGCCAUGGAUGCUUCCAAACAGGGGUAUGAACCUCCACCAGAAUUCCUGGAGGUUCAGAAGGACCCACUUGUUGGAAUCUCUCUGACGGAUUCGACGGAGCUUUGGCUGAUUCAGUGGCCUCUCAAUCAAUUACAAUCUGAUGACUUUGAGGGGAAAGAGCUGUCACUCAAACUGCAUGGAGAUGGACAGUUGGCAAGCUUUGAGAGUUCAUCUGGGAAAUCAUAUGAUGUGGUCAGCUUUGCAGCUCAGGAACCAGAUGCAACUGUAUUAUUGCCCUCUGGUUCAGAAUCAAAAGUCGUUGGAAAAAUUUCACGCCGUGUUUGCUUGGUCCAUUAUCCAGAACCUGGUGAGUUGGAGAAACCCAGUCGCCCAAGCCUAAGCAAGCUUUCAGCAGGUGGACUCCAUGGUGAAUCCUUCUUGCCCCAGAAAUCAGGCUGGUCCAUGCUUCAGGAGGACAGCAUGUUAGGGAAAUCAGACACUUGUGAAAAUAUUACUGAGGGGUCUUCAAGGAGGGGAAUAUCUGAGUUGUCAACUCUAGAGCGGAAUGAGAGGCUGAGAAGCUCGGACAUGACGACUGAGAUUUCCCAUGGCAUCACGACUCCAUCACGUAGUAGCAAGGAAAGAAGUUCUGUGAGUGGGACAUCAUCUUUAAAGGGACACUCUUCAAAGCAUUCCAAGCGCAGACAGGUGGAUAGCCCUUCACCUACUGAGGAACCUACAAGAUCUGCAGAUCAAUCAACCCGAGAUUCAGGAUGGGAAGGUCGGAGUUCAAUUUCUUCAUUUGGAAACUCUGAUCAUUCUCAUGAAGAGAAAUCAAAGAAGAAAAAGAAGAAGAUGAAGGUCGAGGAGUAGGUAACUUCAUAGUUUCUAUUAUUUAUAUUGAUGAAAGGUUGUGCUGCAUGAGCAUGUUGUGCACUGACUCUCAGUGUAUUCAUAUCUCCCACCGUCCAAUAAUGGUGGGAGGGAUCUUAAUAGAUGUUCCAAAAAGCAUCGUUUUCAAACACCGGCUUGAUUCCUGAUUACUGGUUUUCUUGGUGGGAGAUAAUGUGCACACUGAUACUUUGUGAUCUCUGUCUGCAUUGAAGUUGUGCUCAUUUAUAUUUCAUGUCAAAAGGAGAGGGCAUUUUACAUGAAGCCAUGAUUAUUGAAUAUUGAAGCACAAAUGCUGGCUAAGUUUUGUACAACUGACCAUUGGCUAUGUGACAGAAUAUGAUAAUUUUGUUCUUUUC